AGUACUAUGCACUACUUCUUUCAUUUCUUUUUACUUAAUUUCCUUAUAAUAAAUAAUUAAUUUAAUUUAAUUAUUUAAUAUAUAAAUUAAGAUUUUUUUAUAUUACUUUAACAUUAAGUAAUUAUAUAAAAUAUUAAUAACUAUUAAAGUAGAGUAGUUAAAUGUAUUAAUAUUUUUGUUAUAUGUGAAAUUUAAAAAAAAUUAAAUCAUAAAAAUCUACCGCAUAUACUAAAAUUUUCACUAUGCACAAAAUUUAAAAUGAAUUAAAUCAUAAAAAUCUAUUAUACGCAUUCUUAUCAUUUGUUUUCGCUUGAGGUUAUUUCAAACUCUUGACCUUAUAAUAACGAUUUGUUAAAAUAUAAUUAAUAAAGUUAAUUUAAUAAAAUAUAUUCAGAAUAAAUAAUACUACUAUAUUUUGUUAAAUGAAGUGCAAAUAAACAGGUGUACUUGCAUUUUGCAUAUUAAAUUCUACAAAAUUGGUACUUUCCCAAGUUCACUAUCUACACUCAAAUAACAACUUUAUUCAUUUUUUUCCUUUCAUCAGUUUCUCUUUAACCAAAAAUGCACACAAAAACUGAUUCAGAAGAUACAAGCUUAGCUCCAUCAUCGCCGGACAAUAACCGCCGGCCGGUAUACUACGUACAAAGUCCUUCCCGUGAUUCUCACGAUGGCGAGAAAACAACGACGUCGUUUCAUUCGACACCCGUCAUCAGUCCAAUGGGAUCUCCUCCUCAUUCUCACUCUUCCAUUGGUCGUCACUCUCGUGAAUCUUCUUCUAGUAGAUUCUCCGGUUCGCUUAAACCUGGAUCCCGGAAGAUUACUCCGUCCGCCGGUGGUGGUGGCGGCGUUGGUGGUGGUGGUGGGAGGAAAGGGCAGAAGUAUUGGAAGGAAUGUGAUGUUAUUGAAGAAGAAGGACUACUAGAAGAAGACGGGGGGAGGAAGUCGCUUCCCCGUCGUUGUUACUUUCUGGCGUUCUUUGUUGGGUUUUUUAUACUGUUCUCGUUGUUUUCGCUUAUUCUUUGGGGUGCUAGUCGUCCUCAGAAGCCCAAAAUUACUAUGAAGAGCAUUAAAUUUGAUCGAUUUGGGAUUCAAGCUGGUUCUGAUGCUACUGGAGUAGCUACUGAUAUGAUCUCCGUGAAUGCUACUGUGAGAUUUCUUUACCGGAAUACGGCAUCAUUUUUUGGUGUACAUGUUACAUCAUCUCCUUUUGAUCUUACAUAUUCAGAACUCACAAUUGGAUCUGGAGCUAUGAAGAAAUUCUACCAAUCGAGAAAGGGCCACAGAGAAGUAUUUGUAUCAGUGAUAGGAAACAAGAUUCCAUUAUAUGGAAGUGGAGCAAGCUUGACCACUCCAGCAGGGGCAACACCAUUGCCAGUGCCACUGAAAUUGAACUUCAAACUUCGUUCAAGAGCUUACGUUUUAGGCAAAGUGGUGAAGCCCAAGUUCUACAAGACAAUUGAAUGUUUAAUAACUCUUCGACCCCAGAAGCUGAAUGUUGCAAUUCCACUAAAGAAUUGUACCUACACUUGAUGAUUAUUGAGCUAUCAGAGUUGGUAAAGUUUUUAUCUUUUUCUCAAUCUUGAUUGUCAACAAAGUGAAUUGAUAGCUAUUGGUGCAGCUUGUCGUCUCUAUCUUUACCCCACUUAGGAACUUUCUGUGGAGUGGAAUAUGGACAGGCUGUUACAUGUUACAACAAAAAAUUCAAAAUAUAGCUGUUACUGGAUAAUGGACAGAACAAGGAUGUGAGAAUUAUUCGUUUCUCUUGUUAAUUUAUCAUGUUAUUAUAAUCUAUAUUACAUAGAUUGAUUUGUUUAUUUGUUUGAAAGUUGAAUAGAACUUAUUUUUAUUAUUAGUAAAUUAUUAGUGUGUUAUACAAGUUGUUAAUUAAUAAUGGUUUCUUGUGUGCUCCA